CAUUAGAUAAAGCUUCUGUUCAAAAAAUGUGAGCAUUUGUCAAGAUGAAGCUUGGGAGCCAAAGGAGGAGAGGAGGAUUCGGUAAGGCUCUCAAGGAGCAGAGGUCAAGGCUUUACAUCAUCUCGCGAUGCGUCGUUAUUCUGGUCCUGGGGCAUGACUGAACAGUUUUAGCUCUGAAUUUGUUCUUGUUUUUCCAGUUCUUCUGUGAUUAUUUUUUUUCCAGCUACCAAAAUGGUAGGGAAAUUGUAUAUAGAUAGAUAGAU